AUGAUAUUCCCAGUAGAGCGGCCUGACCAGAGGGCUCUGAUCUCAUGCGCGGUCAUUUUCAGUAUCCUUCCCACCAUCGCAGUCGGGCUGCGGCUCUUGGCCAAACGUAUGUCCAACAGGAAGAGGGACUUGAGUGAUUAUCUCAUGAUUGCUGCUUGCAUCAAUGUCGUUGCUUAUCAGGCCCUCAACAUUUCCAGUGUUCUUGCCGCAGGAGGCGGUUAUCACGUGGCAGAGUUGCAGGAUCGGUUCCAUUUUGAGUCAGGUCCGAAAGUAUUCUUGCAGAUGAUACUUGCCCAACAGAUAGUCUGGGCCACAAGUCUUACAUUGUCCAAAACGUCAAUACUCACUCUUUACUCGAAGAUAUUCACCGUCAGCUAUUUUAUUGUAGCAGCUCAAAUUACCGCAGUCGUGAUUUUUCUUUGGAUGUUAGUGGUCAUCUUGGGAUCGUUUCUCAUCUGCCAGCCUCUGGCAUAUAAUUGGGAUCAGACAAUCGAUGGACACUGCGGCAGCUCUAUCACAUUGUGGAUGUGCCAUGGGGUCCUCAAUAUUGUGACGGACCUCAUUGUCCUGCUGCUCCCUAUGCCAUACAUUUACAGCCUCGAGCUGGCGCUGUACAAGAAGUUGGUGUUGAUGUUCACGUUUAGCUUGGGACUAUUUGUUGCCAUCAUCAGCGCUAUCCGCCUAUAUUCCAUCCUGCACGUAGACAUGACCGACGUUACCUAUACAAUUUUGAUGCCUAUUUUGUGGAGCGCCCUGGAGCCAUGCUUAGCCAUCACGCUCGCAUGUAUCCCUCUUCUUCGUCCGCUGCUAGGAGGAAGGUACACACCAACAGGAACGGCCAAGUUGGGACCACCAACCAUGAAAUCUCGAAACGUCACUCAGAAACAGAAGCGACGCUUCAGUCGUUUGGAACACGAGGACGAGCAUUGCAUCACAGGGCUGGCUGACGACGGAUCGCAGCUGAGACCCGAGUCUAUCCGCUAUGCUGUCAUUAGUCGUCACAGCACAAUCGACACGAAAACGGACUCUGACAUUGAGUUGGGCGCCAUUUCUAUCAAAAGGGACUGGAGAGUAGAGAAGACCGAGAGUUGA